AUGGCGGGGUCACGGCGGGGUCACGGCGGGGCCUGGUCCCUGGCGGAGGGCCUCCUGGAGGAGGCGGCCGGGGGACCCCCCGAGGAGCCCCCAGGGCCCCCCGAGGAGCCCCCCGAGGACCCCCGACGAGCCCCCCGACUCCUGGACCAGCUCAUCCACGAUCUGAAUGAAAUCAACGAGGUGCCCUUCUUCGACGUCCAGCUGCCGUACGAACUGGCCCUAAAAAUAUUCCGCUACCUGGGCAGGGCCGACCUGGGAAGGUGCGCCCAGGUGAGCAGGACGUGGAAGGUUCUCUCAGAAGACGAAGUGCUGUGGUACAGGUUGUGCCAACAGGAAGGGUACCUUCCGGAGACCGGAAUCUCCGAUCGUUCCCGCUGGAAACUUGCCUUCCAAGACUCCCAAGCCAAGGAACGCACCCUCAGAAGCAACUGGAAGAAUCGCAGCGGGGCCGUCAGCCAGCUGCAGUACGAGACGGGAGGAGUCCUCGGAGACGUCCAUUCCUGCGAAGGAGUCGUCAUAGCCGGGUACACGUCUGGAGACGUGCGCCUCUGGGACACCCGCGCCUGGGAUUUCCCGGCUCCCAUCCUGGACCCGGGGCCCGAUCCCGCCCAGCCCGGCCCCCAGGCUCAAGUUUCCCUGGUGAGGAUCAACCCUUCCCUGGCCGUAGCCGCCUACGAGGAUGGGACCGUGAGCGUCUGGAGCCUGCUGGUGGGCCGUGAGCCCGUCCACCGGUACCAGCACAACCAGAAGAUCCGGGCCCUGGCCCUGAGCCCGGACGGGCCGGCCAUAGCCACCGCCUCCGGCCUGGAGGUCAGGGUGGAAUACCCCAACGACAACGGCUACUGGCAAAGGACCGCCCAGUUUGACGUUCAGAAGCUGGUCAAUUUUCUUCACCUGCUCGCGGCCAGCGGCCAGUGUCCCGUGGCGGUCGCAGCGGCCGAAGACGCGGUCUACGUCCUCAGGGCGGGAGAGGCCGGCCGAGUUCUGCACUGGGUGUACGGCCAGCCCGUCACCUGUCUGGACGUCUCCGCCUCCCAGGCGGCCUUCGGGGUCAAGAGCUCGGGGUGGAUCAAUGAAGGGAACAAGAUCCUGCUGUACAGCCUGCAGACGGGCCAGUGCCUGACGGCUCUGGGCGGCUCGCUCGGCGAUUUCACCUGCCUCAACCUCCGCCACAGCCCUCCUCACCUCCUGGUCGCCGGCAGCAGGGACAGGAGGUGGCCACCGGCCUCGGCGCCGGGGAUCAGCUUGCGAGGCGGAUCUGCCAAAUCCCAGACCUCCGCCCCGCCGGCUCAGCAGCUGGCACGAAGAAUGAUUCGGGUCCGUGUGCUGGACGUGCGCAGCCGCUCGCCGCUGUCGUCCCUCUACGCCCACCCGCUCGGGGUGUCGGCCGUGCAGAUGGACGACUGGAAGGUGGUCAGCGGAGGAGAGGAGGGCCUGGUGUGCGUGUGGGACCGCCGCACGGGAACCAAGCUCUGGGAGAUGCACGCCAGGCACCCUGUGCGUCACGUCUGGUUCAACGCCCACAGCCUCAUCACGGCCAACGUGCCCGACGAGAAGACGCCCCGCGGAGCCAGCCUCACGGACGAUGACCUGACCGCCCACCGGAGGCACCGGGGCAUCAUCCAGGCCUACGAGUUCUCGGCGGAGCGGCCGGCCCAAGAGAGCGUCCUCCCCAUCUGCCGCUCGUCCUACGACGAGGUGACCGGCUACAACUACAACAUCGGCCUGGCCGUCCCCUACGACAACAUUUAGGGCCGGGGAGGGCCAGGACGGGCCCGGAGUCUGUUAUUUGGGGGGCUCUCCGGGGCUGGGGACGCAGAUCCGGGUGGUGGUGGAGGGAAGGUGGGGGGAUUCCCAAAAAAGAGCCCACGUUGAGGCCCACUGGAGCUCACUAAGGUGCCCCGUGCCCGCAGCUUCUUGCCGCCCAUUACCCAGCGAGGUCUUUUGGGUGCCCUCUCUGGGCCACAACCCAGCCGCGGUCCGGCGGGCGGAGAUUUCCGGAGCCUCCACGGCACCGAGCGGGCAGCCUUUUACCGUUUGGAAAGUCCUCGGAGGCCGGAAGCCCCGCAACAGCGGGCAGGACUCCAGUUAGACUCUAAGGCUUCGCCUACAGGAGCCCCCCAACCCUCCCGGGGGUCGGUUCCAGAAGUCGCUUCUGCUGGUGGUUGUGAGCGCGGGCGGGGAGCGUCUGCAUGCUCAGCCCGGACGGGAGCAUCCUUCCGGCUCCCGGCAUCCUCAUCUCUUCUGGAGAAACCGUGCUGAGCGCUCAGGUCCGAGGGGGACGGGAGGAGGGGGAGAAGGAAGAGGAGGAGGAGAAGGAAAAGGAGGAGGAAAAGGAAG